UUUGUUUCCACUGAGGCACAACGAGGAACUCCAGUCUGUUUUUUUGCGAAUGCUGUUCUAACAUGUGUGAGGUAGUACUUCGUUUUUGAUUUUCUGGAGAACUGUCAAUUCAGAUUCUCGGCCCACUUUUCAGUUGAGUUGUAUGAGUUCUUUAUAUAUUUUAUUAACCUCUUAUCAGAUAUAUGACUGGCAAAUAUUUUAGCUGUUGAAACUGGCCUUAACCUAUGCCUUACCUUAUCAGGAACAGCUUCUGACGUAUGGUAAAUUCCAACGAGAUAUAGAAAUGCUACUCCUAAAAUAUCCUCUUCUCUUUCAUCACUUUUGUGGUAAUGUUGUUACUGACAUUACCUUCAUUGGACUUCUCCCCUCUCUUGCAAAUGAAGGCAGCCGAGGGGGUUUGUGCAGCAGCCCUAGGUCUCAGCUUGCCUCUCUUGGUGUGGAAUUUCUUCCCCAUGAGCCAAGGCAAAGGCAGCUGGAACCCCAGGAUUCAUGGCAGUAUUACACUCAAGGUACAGCUACUUGUGUGACUACUAAGCAGAAGAAAAUCUCCAAGCCUUAGUUACAUUUGUUUGAAUAACGAGUAGCUGGGGGCAUGGUGAGAAGUGACCAUGGAGCAGAAGUUGAGGAGUGGUGAGGAAGUUUGUGUCCUUGGCUGUUCUAGUUUGGAAUGGAGUCUUUUUCUAAGAUGGGAUGGACAAGGAAGGGUGCUGGUUUGGUUCAAAUACUGCAAGACUUGCACAGUUCUUAAUACAUUUUAGCAGAUUUUCUUGAACAAAUGUGUUUUUUUCAUUUGCUUUAUGUUUUUAUAUAUAAUUUUCACCAGUUUCAGUGGGGAGCAUGUCUGUGAAGCUCCUCAUGCUGUCAUACCAGAAGUGGAAUUCCGUGAUCAAUUCUUUAAAGUUCUAACCAUGGACCAUGAACUGGUGACAUUCAGGGAUGUGGUCAUCACCUUCUCUCAGGAGGAGUGGGAAUAUCUGGAUUCUGCCCAGAGGGACUUGUACUGGGAUGUGAUGAUGGAAAAUUACAGCAACUUGGUCUCACUGGACUUGGAAUCCAACUAUCACACAAAGACUUUGUCUAUAGAGAAGGACAGUAUUGAAAAAAGUGAUUUACAGUGGGAAGUAAUAGAAAGUAGUAAAUUAGUUGACUUUGAGAACUCCAUUUUCAGAAAUGAUUGGCAAAGCAAAAGGAAGACUGAUGUACAAAGACCUGAAGUAGGACAUUUCAGUCAAAUGAAAAUCAUCUCUGAAAAAGUGCCCAAUUACAAAAAUCAUAAGUCUUUUACAGUACAUCAGAGAAUUCAUGAUAGCAAGAAGCCCUUUGAAUAUAAGGAAUAUGGGAAGGUCCUUAGUUGUUGCUUAAACUUUGAUGAAUAUAAGAAAAUAUACACUAGUGAGAAAACCUCUGAAUAUAGUAGAUAUUGGAAAACCAUUGGAGUUGAUGACUCCCAUACCCUACAACUGAAUAUUCAUACCGGUGUGAAACUUUGUAAAUGCACGGAAUGUGAGAAUACCUUUAGUUUUUACGAAGAUCUUACUGUACACCAGAAGAUUCAUGAUGAUCAAAAGUGCUAUAAAUGUAAGGAAUAUGGAAGGACUUUUAGAAAUAUUGAAGAAGUUACUCCACUUCAAAGAAUUCAUGAUGGUGAAAAACCCUAUGAGUGUACUUUCUGUGGGAAAUCUUUUAGAGUGCAUGCACAACUUACUAGACAUCGGAAAAUCCACACUGAUGAGAAACGUUACAAAUGUAUGGAAUGUGGCAAGGACUUUAGAUUCCAUUCACAGCUAACCGAACAUCAGAGAAUUCAUACUGGUGAGAAACCCUACAAAUGCAUACAAUGUGAGAAGGUCUUCAGAAUUAGCUCACAGCUUAUUGAACACCAGAGAAUUCAUACUGGUGAGAAACCUUAUGCAUGUAAAGAAUGUGGGAAGACUUUUGGAGUCUGUAGAGAACUUGCUCGACAUCAGAGAAUUCAUACUGGUAAGAAACCCUAUGAAUGCAAGGCAUGUGGAAAGGUCUUUAGAAAUAGUUCAUCCCUAACUAGGCAUCAGAGAAUUCAUACUGGUGAGAAACCAUAUAAAUGUAAGGAAUGUGGGAAAGCUUUUGGAGUAGGCAGUGAACUUACUCGACAUCAGAGAAUUCACAGUGGUCAAAAACCUUAUGAAUGUAAAGAGUGUGGAAAGUUCUUUAGACUUACUUCAGCCCUUAUUCAACACCAGAGAAUUCAUAGUGGUGAGAAACCUUAUGAAUGUAAGGUAUGUGGGAAGGCCUUUAGACAUAGUUCAGCCCUUACUGAACAUCACAGAAUUCAUACUGGAGAAAAACCUUAUGAAUGCAAGGAAUGUGGGAAGGCCUUUAGACAUAGUUCCUCCUUUACAAAACAUCAGAGAAUUCAUACUGGUAAGAAAUCCUAUGAAUGUAAGGAAUGUGGAAAUGCCUUUAGUGUGGGCAGGUACUUUACUUGAUAUUAAACAAGUUACACUGGUAAGAAGUCUUUUGAAUGAAAGACAUGUAUAUAAAGCACAUUUGUUUCUGAGUUUCAUUGGAAAAACCUGUGUACUUAUGCAGAUUCAGUGUCUCUUAUUAAAUCUGUUUCUGGACUUUA